AUGCGCCGGUAGAAGCCUGGGCUUUAUUUGCUUCUCGAAACUUCGCCAGACGGAGGUGUUUAAUUCCUCGGUGAGAAGACGGUGAUGUCUUUAACAGACGGUGCAGCACUGCGCUCUCUGCUGUAUGCGGCAGGAACUGCAGCCGCGGCUUACGGACUGUAUUAUUAUAUUUCCACCAUGUCCACUGAAGACCCAGUGCAGAGAGUUUCUGAAACCAUUUCUUCGAUUGAGGAUGCUCUUCAGGAUCAGGAUAUUGAGGCAUGCAGUGGACUUGACCGUAAACUGAUAUCUGAAUUCAAGUCCCUCAAAAAUACUUAUGAAAGAAUGUUGGAAUAUGAAGAGCGUUGUGAAAGGGAACUGUUCACAGCUCAAAGUCUGGAGCGCGAAAAGUCUCACCUCAAUUCCAUGUUUGUCUCCUUGCGAGAAAGAGAACAUCAGCUGAACAAUCAGAUCACUCAGAAUCAUAUGAUGUAUGAUAAUGAAAUUAGGGAGAAAAUGCAAAAAAAACAAGAGGUCCUCAACUUCGAGGAUAAGGUCAAGUUGAGAGUGGAGCCUAUUGCAAAGUUGUAUGAGAAAGAGAAUGAGACUCACAAAACCCUGAAGGAGUAUUAUGAGAAGGUAAUGGAGUCCAAUAUUCAGCAGGAGCUUGAGAGGACUGAGCUACAGAAUCAACUGUACGCACUGCAUGGCUUAGUGCAGCAGCUAAAAGAACAGAACUGUGAGGCAGAUGAGUGAGGCGACAAGCAGGCUCCACGCUCCAAGCCUACUAUGGCAAGAAGGAAGCUGAUGGCCUCUCUCUGCUAUCUCUGAACGCCUCACGCCACCUGCUCUGCGCUGCUUAUCUCACCUGCUUGGUCCACCUCACCAUGACCCAGAGAACUCUGUGCCUACUAAGCUUCAACCCGUGGACCCGCACCUGUCACCUAGGUGCCCCGAAACCACAGUGCUUUUAAUGAGUGUAUCUUCACUAAGACUGCAUGCCUUUGAACUUGAACAAGGCUGUGUUUAAUAAAUAUAUUUCUGUUUGUGA